UGUUUCCUCGUCGUCUUAUCUGCACUCUUCUUGCCAGCGGCACUCUCAUUCUGCAUUCUCUUCUGGCAGUUAUUCCUACACUCAGUUCCUGGAAAACACUUUGGCUUCCUUCUUGCUUCCCAUUCUGAUUCUCUUCAAUCUCAUUCUUUCCAAGGCUUUUUAAUGGCCUGCCUCCCCAGGUGCGUUCGGGACUGUUCCAAGUUUAUUGGGGUGUCCCUGUACCCCUUCUGUGCCAUCAGCAUCAUCUGUAAUAUCCUAUUGUUCUUCCCGGGAUGGAGCGUGGAAGCCAUCAAUAACCCAAAUGUGAGAAUGACCCCAGAAGUUCUUUAUCUUGGGGGUUUCAUGGGCAGUGGAGUUAUGGUCCUGAUUGCUGCAAUCUAUAACCACUGCUUAGGAAAGCCCGGAAAAUAUAGCAGCCGUUCUAGGAUGUUCCUCUCUAUCAUAAUCUCAGCCGUGGGAGUGUGUGGCGCACUCUAUGGUCUUGUUGUCUCAGCGCUGGGUCUGGUCAAUGGUCCUCGCUGUAUGUACCUGUUUAUAAACGGACGGGUUCAAUGGACAAUUCCUUUCAAAUUGCCUCUGGAGUUUCUGAAUUUCGAAAGGAGUUACCUCUUCAACAGAAACGGCUGGGAUCGGUGUGUCGAACCAACUGGUGUGGUUGAAUUUAAUGUCAUUUUCUUUUCUACAAUCCUGGCUUCAAGCUGUAUCCAGAUUGUGCUCUGUGCUGUUCAGAUGAUAAAUGGGCUUUUUGGCUGCCUCUUCAACCCACGCCUCACCAAAUUCUAAGAA